AUGUGGAUACCUAUUAUUAUACCUUUUGGUACAACUGGAAAGAGUAAAAUUGUUGAUAACAUUAUUAGAGUGUGUCCUAAUUGUCACAACAGGUCAGUACAACUAGAGAGAAAUGAUUCUUGGGCACAUUUAUUUUUUAUCCCAUUUUGCAAAGUAAAGAAAGGGUCACCAUUUUUACAUUGUGCAGCAUGUGGUUGUACAGUUCCAUAUGUAGAGGGAUACGAGAAUGAAGCAUUAAAAGAUUUUGGAUAUUCAAAUAAUAGUGAAGCUUUUGCUAGUAUGCAACAACAACAACAACCUCCUCCUCCUCCACCAGGACCAAACCAACAAUAUUAUAAUGGAAAUUAUAGUAAUCCCAAUCAAUCCUACAUGGAGGAAGAUGGACACCCUCAACAACAACAACAACAAUACAAUAAUUAUAAUGAUCAAUCUACUUUUUAUGAAUCAAACAACAUGCCAACCAAUCAAGUUCAAUCAGAAACACCAAUCCAAAAAAAGAAACAUAAAUUCUUCCAUAGAAAUUAA